AUGAAGCUGGGGGAGUGGUGCGAGAGGAACACGAAGAGGCCGGAGUUUCUGGAAAUAAUCCCAGGGGAGAUGUGGGAUCUGGUGGAGAGGUGCCUGACGGUUAACCCUAGGCUGCGGAUCAGCGCGGAGGAGGCUCUGCAGCACGAGUUCUUCGCCCCCUGCAGAGACGUCCUCCGGAAGCAGAGGCUGCUCCGGCAGAGCUCCGGCCACCGCUCCCUGUGA